AUGCUCCGCUCACUCUACCUCCUCUGGCUCCCCAUCGCCUUCCUGGCCCUCUCCGUCCACAGCAACGAAAACACCCACCUCCUCAACGCCCGCAACGCCCUCGCAAGCGAAAUCUCAGACGUCCAAACCGAAUUCGGCGAAAGCAAUGUCGAUACUUCUCUCGAAGGAUAUGAUCAUGAACUCCUCCUCACCCGCGACACCGACACAAUUCCGAAGAAAGCGGCAAGGAUUUUGAAACCUCAUCAUAAAGUGAUCCGAAACGAUGAUGAAGAGGAUGAGGAUGGAUAUGAGGUUAUUGCGAAGAGGGAAUUAAUUGAACAUCAGAAACGGGCUUUGGAGGCGAAAUUCGGGGAUGCGGUGGAUUUUAGUUUGGAGGGGUAUGAUGAGAAUUUACUGAAUGGUGAAGAUGAGGAGGGAGAGGGGAUUGUGAUUGAGAAACGUGGGGAGGAAGGAGAGGAGAUUGAUUGGAGUCUUGAAGGGUAUGAUGAGGAACUUCUGAAGCGGGAUGUUGAGGAUGAGGAUGGUAAUGGUGAGGGGGAAGAGGAAAUUGAUUGGAGUCUCGAAGGAUAUGAUGAGGAACUGCUCCACCACAAACGUGGCGAGGAUGAUGAUGAUGAAGAUUAUAACAUCCCAUCCGGUGACGGAACUCCCUACGACGCGGAUUUCGAGUCGAGUCCGGAUUUUUUGAAGGCUUGGGAUUCGGAUUCGGGGAUUUUUGAGAGGGAUUUUGAAGAUGAGGAGGAUGGGGUUGAGGAUGGGGAGGAGGAGGAGGGGAUCGAGGUUUUGACUGGGGCUGUGAGGAGGGAUGUUAGUGGUGAGGAAGAGGAAGAGGAGGGGGAUUGGAUUGAGGUUGUUAAGAGGUGGGUUGGGUGGGAGUAG